AUGUUAUUUUGUAUUGUAGUUGGUGUGAUACGGUGCCCAGUAUGCCGCCAAGAAUGCAGACAGAUAGACCUUGUGGAUAAUUAUUUUGUGAAAGAUACAUCUGAAGCUCCUAGCAGUUCUGAUGAGAAAUCAGAACAGGUCUGCACUAGUUGUGAAGACAAUGCAAGUGCAGUUGGCUUUUGUGUAGAAUGUGGGGAAUGGCUUUGUAAGACAUGUAUUGAAGCACAUCAAAGAGUGAAAUUCACUAAAGAUCACUUGAUCAGGAAGAAAGAAGAUGUCUCAGAGUCUGUUGGAGCAUCUGGUCAGCGCCCUGUUUUCUGCCCUGUACACAAACAAGAGCAGUUGAAACUUUUCUGUGAAACAUGUGACAGAUUGACAUGUAGAGACUGUCAGCUGUUGGAACACAAAGAACAUAGGUACCAGUUUUUGGAAGAAGCUUUUCAAAACCAGAAAGGUGCAAUUGAGAAUCUACUAGCUAAGCUUCUUGAGAAGAAGAAUUACGUUCAUUUUGCAGCUACUCAGGUGCAGAAUAGGAUAAAAGAAGUAAAUGAGACUAACAAACGAGUAGAACAGGAAAUAAAAGUGGCCAUUUUCACCCUUAUCAAUGAAAUUAAUAAGAAAGGAAAAUCUCUCUUACAGCAGCUAGAGACUGUUACAAAAGAAAGACAGAUGAAGUUAAUACAGCAGCAGAAUGACAUCACAGGCCUCUCGCGGCAGGUGAAGCAUGUGAUGAACUUUACAAACUGGGCAAUUGCAAGUGGCAGCAGCACAGCCCUCCUGUACAGCAAGCGGCUGAUUACUUUUCAGUUGCGCCAUAUUUUGAAAGCUCGUUGUGAUCCCGUCCCUGCUGCUAAUGGAGCAAUACGUUUUCAUUGUGAUCCCACCUUCUGGGCAAAGAAUGUAGUCAAUUUAGGUAAUCUAGUAAUAGAGAGUAAACCAGCUCCUGGGUAUACUCCUAAUGUUGUAGUUGGGCAAGUUCCUCCAGGGACGAACCACAUUAGUAAAACUCCUGGGCAGAUUAACUUAGCACAGCUUCGACUCCAACACAUGCAACAACAAGUGUAUGCACAGAAGCAUCAGCAGUUGCAACAGAUGAGGAUACAGCAACCACCUGCUCCUGUAUCAACAACGACAACAACAACACAACAGCACCCACGACAAGCAGCUCCUCAGAUGUUACAACAACAGCCUCCAAGACUGAUCAGUGUGCAAACAAUGCAAAGAAACAACAUGAACUGUGGAGCUUUCCAAGCCCAUCAGAUGAGAUUGGCCCAGAACGCUGCCCGAAUACCAGGGAUACCCAGGCACAGCGGCCCUCAGUACUCCAUGAUGCAGCCACACCUCCAAAGACAACACUCAAACCCAGGGCAUGCUGGACCCUUUCCUGUUGUGUCAGUGCACAACACCACAAUCAAUCCAACCAGCCCUACUACAGCUACUAUGGCAAGUGCAAAUCGAGGUCCCACCAGCCCAUCUGUUACAGCAAUAGAGUUAAUCCCCUCAGUUACCAACCCAGAAAACCUUCCAUCGCUACCAGAUAUUCCACCCAUACAGUUGGAAGAUGCUGGUUCAAGUAGUUUAGAUAAUCUACUAAGUAGAUACAUCUCAGGCAGCCACCUACCCCCACAGCCUACAAGUACCAUGAAUCCCUCUCCAGGUCCCUCUGCCCUGUCUCCAGGAUCAUCAGGUUUAUCCAAUUCUCACACUCCUGUGAGACCCCCUAGUACGUCUAGUACUGGCAGCAGAGGCAGCUGUGGGUCAUCAGGAAGAACUGCUGAGAAGACAAGUCUUAGUUUCAAGUCUGAUCAAGUGAAGGUCAAGCAAGAACCUGGGACUGAAGACGAAAUAUGUAGCUUUUCAGGAGCCGUGAAGCAAGAGAAGACAGAGGAUGGCAGGAGGAGUGCCUGCAUGUUGAGCAGUCCUGAGAGUAGUUUGACACCACCUCUCUCAACCAACCUGCAUCUAGAGAGUGAGUUGGAUGCAUUACCAGGAGUGGAAAACCAUGUGAAAACUGAGCCUACAGAUACGAAUGAGAGCUGCAAACAGUCAGGGCUCAGCAGCCUUGUUAAUGGAAAGUCUUCAAUUCGAAGCCUCAUGCACAGGUCGGCAAGGAUGGGAGGAGAUGGCAACAGCAAAGAUGAUGACCCAAAUGAAGAUUGGUGUGCUGUCUGCCAAAAUGGAGGGGAUCUCUUGUGCUGUGAAAAAUGUCCAAAGGUCUUUCAUCUAACUUGUCAUGUUCCAACACUUCUUAGCUUUCCAAGUGGGGACUGGAUAUGCACAUUUUGCAGAGAUAUUGGGAAACCAGAAGUUGAAUAUGAUUGCGACAAUUUGCAACAUAGUAAGAAGGGGAAAACUGCACAGGGAUUAAGCCCUGUGGACCAAAGGAAAUGUGAACGUCUUCUGCUUUACCUCUAUUGUCAUGAGUUAAGUAUUGAAUUCCAGGAGCCAGUUCCUGCUUCGAUACCAAACUACUAUAAAAUUAUAAAGAAACCAAUGGAUUUAUCGACCGUGAAAAAGAAGCUGCAGAAAAAACAUUCCCAACACUACCAAGUCCCAGAUGACUUUGUGGCCGACGUCCGUUUGAUCUUCAAGAACUGUGAAAGGUUUAAUGAAAUGAUGAGAGUUGUUCAAGUUUAUGCAGAAACACAAGAGAUUAAUUUGAAGGCUGAUUCUGAAGUAGCUCAGGCAGGGAAAGCAGUUGCGUUGUACUUUGAAGAUAAACUCACAGAGAUCUACUCAGACAGGACCUUCGCACCUUUGCCAGAGUUUGAGCAGGAAGAGGAUGAUGGUGAGGUAACUGAGGACUCUGAUGAAGACUUUAUACAACCCCGCAGAAAACGCCUAAAGUCAGACGACAGACCAAUACAUAUAAAGUAAAAAGACACGAACUUAAACCAAUUGUUUAAAAAGAGAGCGAAAACACUUUUAAGUGUUGCUGGAAAAUUCUGCCUACAGUGGGGGCACCUCCUUGAAGAAACUGAUAGCUUUUACACAGUAUUAGAUUGAAACAAUGGACAGAAACCACAUUCUUGUCAAGAAGGGGAGACAACUCUGCACCAUUAAAAGUAAAAAUAAAAGUGAAAUACUUUGAAGAUUUCUGUUACUGAAGAGUUUUGACUGUUAGAAUCGGCAGAUGUUGAUUGUGGUAUUGACUGGUGCAGGAUGCUGGAUGUAUAAGUAAAUAAAUACUUGCGGGUCAUGUCACUUGAUAAAUUGUCUCUGUGGACCACAGCGUACAGCUAUUAAACAAUUCUGAUGCCUCUCCCUC